GGGAGAGCGGCCGGGCCGCCAGCCUUUCCCCCCACCCCGUCUCUCUGCUCGCAGGAUGGACCCCACGGCUUACGCUGAGCUGUUGAAAGAGUCUGGCAACCAGGUUCUUAAGAACGGGAACUUCUCUCUGGCCAUCAGAAAGUAUGAUGAGGCCAUCCAGAUUCUCCUGCAGUUAUAUCCGUGGGGGGUUCCCCCCAGGGAGCUGGCCGUCCUGCUGUGCAACAAAUCCAGUGCAUUUUACAGCCUCGGGAAAUGGAAUGAGGCCUUUGUGGCGGCCAAGGAAUGUCUCCAGUGGGAUCCAACCUACGUGAAGGGAUACUACCGGGCUGGUUACUCCUUGCUGAGGUUGCUUCAGCCUUACGAAGCUGCUCGAAUGUUUCUCGACGGUCUGCGACUUCUCCAGGGCAGCCCGGACCAGAUCCAGAUUGCUGAUUUCCUUCUGGGAGUCUUUACCACUAUGGGCAGCGACCCCAUUGUUUUGCAAAGUUUCUUGCCCUGUUUCGAUCAUAUUUUUACUACUGGAUUCUCAACAGAAGUGUGGCAAUCUGUAAUAGAAAAGUUGGCAAAGAAAGGAUUAUGGCACUCGUUCCUACUUCUGUCAGCGAGAAAGGACCGGCUACCCCAAAAUAUCCAUGUCCCAGAGUUAUCACUGAAGAGUCUCUUUGAGAAAUAUGUCUUCAUUGGGCUUUACGAGAAUAUGGAACAGGUGCCCAAGCUAGUGCAGUGGCUCGUCUCCAUUGGUGCGAGUAUUGAGACGAUAGGACCAUACCCUCUUCAUGCCCUCAUGCGGCUCUGUAUCCAAGCAAAGGAAAACCAUCUUUUCAGGUGGUUGAUGGACCACAAGCCCGAGUGGAAAGGCCGCAUCAACCAGAAGGACGAGUGUGGUUGCACCGUUCUCCACGUCGUUGCCGCGGCUCACUACCCAGGAUACCUCAUCAAACCACAAACAGAGGACGUACAGAUGCUCCUGAGCUUUGGGGCAGACCCCACCUUGCUGGAUCGACAGUCCCGGUCUGCCAUGGAUGUCCUGAAGAGGAAUAAGAACUUCAAAGCCAUCGAGAAAAUCAACAGUCACUUGGAAAAGCUGGCCACAUGUUCCAAGGACCUAUCAGGACUGACCAAUGGUGAUGGACCCGCUAGUGAGACCGACACUUUCCGGAAGGCCACUGAGCAGCUGGUCAAGUACAUGAACUCAGGAAACCGGCUGCUGCAUAAAAACUUUCUGAAGCAAGAAGUAGUUCAAAGGUUCUUACGCCUCCUUUCUUCUCUGCAAGAAAUUCCUCCUGACCUGGUCUGUGACAUUAACCGUGACUGCGCCAACACCUUCAUCAAGUUUUUGCUGGAGAAGCAGAAGUGGCCUGAAGUGCUUCUGCUGCUGACCCGCAAGGUAAACGGGGAGCCGCCCCUGGGCGACUGCCUCCUCAAGGGCUGCAACUUCUCCGACCUUGACCUCUGCGCCCUCAUCCCCCACCUCAGCGCUUGGGACCCUCGGAGGAUGCAGCUCCUGGGCUGCCUCAUCGACAGUGGAGCCUUGCCCGAGGGUCUCCAGGACAGGCAGGAGACACCGCUUGUGUUGUGCCUGAAACACGAGGACUUUGAGCUGGCUUUUCUUCUCUUGACCAAGGGUGCGGACCCCCGCGGCAUCACCCUCACGGAAGGUGAUACCCCUCUGCAUGCAGCGCUCCACAUCUUUUUAGAUAUCAGAGCUGACAUCGGUUUUAACUUCCUCAGCCACCUGCUGGAUCUCUUCUGGUCCAACCCCGCUGAAUUUUGCUACCUCAACCCCAACACCCAGGACAGCAACGGCAACACGCUGAUGCACAUCCUCUUCCAGAAGGGCAUGCUGAAGCGCAUGAAGAAGCUAAUAGACCUGCUGGUGAAGUUUGACAUCAACUUCAACCUGAAGAACAAAGAAGGCAAAGACGUGCGGCACCGGAUCAAGAAGAACGAUGCCCUGCUCUUGGCCUGGAACAAAGCUCUGGCUGAGUCCAGGCACAGGAGCCGGCAGGCCUCUGCCGCCCACCCGGGGAGGCUCCCGAGGCCCGCCGCCCCCGGUCACACGUCUCAGCUCAGGUCCCAGGGUUCAUCCAAGUCUCUGUCGUGCAGCAUCAACGCCAGGACCCUGCCCAAAGGAGCUGUGGUCCCCGACAGCUGGGAGACUCUCCCGGAUGCACAGGCAACGAGGCAGGAGCGGGGGGCCGUCAGGCCCUGCUCUCUGAGAGACCGGCUGGUGCGGGACAUCACGGGUUUAAUUCAGCAGCUUGAACUGAAUCCGUCCCUCCCAGAGGACUGUUCUCAGGGCUCGGAGCCUCCGGAGACAGGAGCUGGUAGGGAGGUAAAGAAGGACGAGCUCCAGCGAGCCCUGGGGGCGCGAGGCUCUGACUCCAGUGGGAACAGCCACACCAUCCUCGAGGCAGGGGGUGGAGUUGCUCAGGCGGGCCUCGGGGCCUCGCGGCUCGUUCCCGCUGGCCACAGAGGGAGAGAAGGCAGUGACGAUCUGGACAGCUGGAGCACGCAGGAGAUCGAGGCCUGCCUCCAGGACUUCGAGAACAUGACAUGGGAGAUCGAGUGCACUUCGGAAAUGCUGAAGAAGCUGUCCAGUAAGGUAAUGACUAAGGUCAUGAAGAAGAAAGUCAUCCUAGCCAUCCAGCAGCUGGGGAACGGCGAGUGGACUCAAGGCCUCCAGAAGCGGCUGAAACAUCUGAAAGGAAGCAUCCGGCUCUUCGAGGCCAAGCUGGACAAGGGGGCCCGGAUGCUCUGGGAGCUGGCCAUCGACUUCUCCCCUCGAUGCAGCGAGAACCCGGAGAAGGUCAUCACCACGGAGCGGACCCUGCACUGCCCGGAGAAGUCGGGUCGGGUCUACACAGAAAUCAUCCGGAUCUGGGACAUCGUCUUGGACCACUGCAAGCUGUCGGACUCCAUCAGGGCCAUCUGUAGUGCCUAUAACCGGGGCCAGUCCUGCGUCCUGCGGAAGAAGCUGAAGGGCAUCCACCAAGGCCAGGCGUCGGCCAACGUGAAGGUCCUCAAGCGCAUACCCCGCUGCUACGUGGAAGACACGGAGGCCGAGAAGAGCCGGGGGCACGCGGACCCCGAGUACUUCCCGCCCGCCAGCGCGGUGGAGACCGAGUACAACAUCAUGAAGUUCCACAGCUUCAGCACCAGCAUGGCCUUCAACAUCCUCAACGACACGACGGCCAUGGUGGAGUACCCCUUCCGGGUGGGCGAACUCGAGCAUGCCGUGAUCGGCCUCAACCCCAGGCCGCUGGAGCCCAUCAUCCUCAUCGGCCGCAGCGGCACCGGGAAGACAACUUGCUGCCUGUACCGGCUGUGGAAGAAUUUCCACGGCUACUGGGAAAAGGCUGGGCAGGCGGGAAGCCCGCUGCUGACCAGACAGAUGUGGCUGAAGAGAAGGCUGGAAGUAGACCCCGGAAAGGAGGGUCCAGGUCCGGAGGAAGAGGAAGAGGAGGAGGAGGAAGGGGAGGAGGAGGAAGAGGAGGAGGAGGAGGAGGCGGAGGGCUCCCGGGAGGUGGAAGCCGUGGACGGCACAGACGAGGAGCAGGACCCUGAAGCCCGUGCGGGGGGACCUGGCGGGGAGCCGGGGGGGCCUGGCCGGGGGGCCGAAGCGCGCACCUCGGAGCAUCUCCGCCAGCUGGAGCAUUUACAUCAGAUCUUCGUGACCAAGAACCACGUCCUGUGCCGGGAGGUACAGCGGAAUUUCAUCGAGCUUUCCAAGUCUACCAAGGCCACCAGUCACUACAGACCCCCGGAACCCAACGUCCACAAACUCCAGGACCUGAGGGACGAGAACUUUCCUCUGUUUGUCACUUCCAAGCAGCUGCUCCUCCUGCUGGAUGCUUCUCUGCCCAAACCAUUUUUUCUGAGAAACGAAGACGGCAGCUUGAAAAGAAGCAUCGUGGGGUGGUCCACACAGGAGGAGGUGACCAUCCCCAAUUGGCAGGAGGAGGAGGAGGAGGCCGAGGCGGACGGCGACAAUGGUGAGGAGGAGAGGGCGGCGGAAACGCGUCCGUGCGACAGCGACCCCCGGGUGUAUGUGACAUUUGAGGUGUUCGCCAAUGAAAUAUGGCCCAAAAUGAUCAAAGGGAAAACCUCCUACAACCCUGCACUGAUUUGGAAAGAGAUCAAAUCUUUUCUGAAGGGGUCCUUUGAGGCCCUCAGCUGCCCGCAGGGGAGACUCACGGAAGAAGCGUAUAAGAAAUUAGGGAGGAAGCGAUGCCCCAAUUUCCAGGAAGACCGGAGCGAGAUCUACGGUCUCUUCUGCCUGUACCAGCAGAUCAGGUCUCAGAAAGGUUAUUUCGACGAAGAAGACGUUCUGUACAACCUGUCCCGGAGGCUGUCGAAGGUCAAGGUGCUCCCGUGGUCCAUCCACGAGCUCUAUGGCGAUGAGAUUCAGGACUUCACUCAAGCCGAGCUGGCGCUGCUGAUGAAAUGCAUCAAUGACCCCAACGCCAUGUUCCUCACGGGGGACACGGCCCAGAGCAUCAUGAAGGGGGUGGCCUUCCGCUUCAGCGACCUGCGCUCUCUGUUCCACUAUGCCAGCAAAAGCACCGCGGACAAGCAGUGUGCCGUCCGGAAGCCCAAGAAGAUCCACCAGCUGUACCAGAAUUACAGGUCCCAUUCGGGAAUCCUUAAUCUGGCAUCUGGAGUGGUGGAUUUACUUCAGUUCUAUUUCCCAGAAUCCUUUGAUCGCCUCCCCAGGGACUCUGGCCUCUUUGAUGGUCCCAAACCAACUGUCCUGGAGUCUUGCAGUGUCAGCGACUUGGCAAUUUUGCUCCGAGGGAACAAAAGGAAAACCCAGCCCAUUGAAUUUGGAGCCCACCAGGUAAUCCUUGUAGCUAAUGAAGUGGCAAAGGAGAAAAUUCCAGAAGAGCUGGGGUUAGCACUUGUGCUCACCGUUUAUGAAGCCAAAGGCUUGGAAUUUGACGAUGUGCUCCUUUACAACUUUUUUACUGAUUCUGAGGCUUACAAGGAAUGGAAGAUCAUUUCCUCAUUUACACCUUCAUCAUCUGACUCCAGACAGGAAAACCGGCCACUGAUUGAAGUGCCCCUGGAGAAACCCAGCUCCUCUCAGGGUCGGUCUGUUGUGAUGAAUCCAGAAAUGUACAAGCUCCUCAACGGAGAGCUGAAGCAGCUAUAUACUGCUAUCACACGGGCCCGGGUCAACCUCUGGAUCUUUGAUGAAAACCCAGAGAAGCGGGCUCCUGCUUUCAAAUAUUUCAUGAGAAGAAAUUUUGUCCAGGUUGUGAAGACAGAUGAAAAUAAAGACUUUGAUGACAGCAUGUUUGUUAAGACCUCGACACCUGAGGAAUGGAUCGCGCAGGGAGAAUAUUAUGCUAAACACCAGUGCUGGAAGGUGGCAGCCAAGUGUUACCAAAAAGGAGGUGCGUUUGAGAAGGAGAAGCUGGCCCUGGCCCACAACACCGCCCUGAACAUGAAAUCCAAGAAAGUCAGCCCCAAGGAGAAGCAGGUGGAGUUCUUGGGACUGGCCAAGACCUAUCUGGAGUGCAACGAGCCAAAGCUGUCCCUCAAGUGCCUGAGCUGCGCCAAGGAGUUCCAGCUGUCCGCCCAGCUGUGCGAGAGGCUGGGGAAGAUAAAAGAUGCGGCCUAUUUCUAUAAGCGAAGCCAGUGCUACAAAGAUGCUUUCAGAUGCUUUGAGCAGAUCCAGGAAUUCGAUCUAGCACUCAAAGUGUACUGCGAACAGGAGCUUUUUGAAGAAGCUGCUAUUGCAGCCGAAAAGUACGAAGAAAUGCUGAGGGCCAAGACCCUUCCCAUAUCCAAGCUGUCUUAUUCUGCCGGUCAGUUUUACCUGGAAGCCGCAGCAAAGUACCUGAAUGCAAACAAGAUCAAGGAGAUGAUGGCGGUCCUCUCGAAGCUGGACAUAGAAGACCAGCUGGUGUUCCUGAAGUCUCGCAGACGGCUAGCGGAAGCGGCGGACCUGCUGAACGGGGAGGGUCGGAGAGAAGAGGCCGCCUUGCUGAUGAAGCAACAUGGCUGCCUGUUGGAGGCUGCCCAGCUGACUGCCGACAAGGACUUCCAGGCCUCGUGUCUGCUGGGGGCUGCCCGCCUCAAUGUGGCCAGGGAUUCGGACGUGGAACAUACCAAGGCCAUUCUGAGAGAAGCUCUUGACCUCUGCUAUGAAACCAACCAGUUGGCCGGCAUUGCCGAGGCCCAGUUCCUUCAGGGGGUCAUCCUGAGAGACUUUCAAAAGCUCAAGGACGCCUUCUUCAAGUUUGAAACACUCAAUCACUCGGCGGGAGUGGUGGAGGCACUCUACGAAGCUGCCAGCCAGUGUGAGGUCGAGCCUGAGAAGGUCCUGGCCCUGGCUCCGGGGGGCUUGGAAGUCCUCCUCAAUCUGGUCAGGGCCCUCAAAAGAGUGACCAACAAUGCCGAGAAGGAGAUGGUCAAGUCUUGCUUCGAGUUUUUUGGGAUUUCUCAGGUGGAUGCCAAGUAUUGCCAGAUAGCUCAGAACGACCCUGGACCCAUAUCAAGAAUCAUUCUUGACCUGGAUGUGAACCUGAGAGAGAAGAAAACAAAAGACUGUUUCUUGGUAAUGACCGACCAGGUGAAAUUGGCCCUCAACAAACACCUUUUGAGCAGGCUGCGUCAGAUCACGCAGAGCCUGCUUGGGAAGACCUACGCAGGCGUCUGUAUGAGGUUUAUCGUGGGCCUGAAAUGUGAGGUCGAAAACUGUAAAGAUUUCCACAGGCCCUUGCGGCGCUGUGAGGCCAAGUGUUUGGUUCAGUCAAAGAUACACUUGGUGGCAAUCAGCGGGUUGCUUUUGGAAGCCAAGAAAGUAUUCCCGAAAAUCUUAGCGGAGGAACUCGAAGAAAUCGAUUACGUUUCGUCUGGCUGUAUGUACGGCCUUUGCAAAUCCUUGCUGAACGUCCUCUUCCCUAAGCAUUUCCACCAGAGAGUGUUGUCAGAAAACCCCACGGCCUGCAAAGAGAUCCUCAAACCGAACUACAAAUCCUUUCGGUCGUACAGGGCAGCUCUGAAAGAGUACGUCCGUCUUCUGUUUCAAAACGAGAGGGCGCGAAGCCGCCGGGAGUCUACAGACCUGUGGCUGAACGCCAUGCAGGCGUUCCUGGUCUCCUCCAGCUAUCCGGAGGAGUUCGAAAAGCUGCUCCGUCAGGAGGAGGACGACUACAACAGGGAACUCAAAGCUCUAGAGGCUGAAGAGGAGGAGAGGGCCAGGGGGAGGGGCGGCAAGGUGAAGGGAAUAGAAGGAAAGUUCGGCAUGUUGGCGCCCAACGAGGACGAUGACGGUGCCGAGAAGACCCACCUGUGCUUCAUCCGGCUGCUGGAGAAUUGCAUCGACCAGUUCUACGUGUACAGGAACCCAGAAGACUACAAGAGGCUCUUUUUCCGUUUCAUGAACGUCCUCGUCAAGAGGUGCAAGGAACCGCUCGUCCCCAGCAUCGGAAACACGGUGGCCCUGUUGGAGCUCCAGUUCAUCCACUGCGGGGUGGUCCUGGCCCGCCUGCGGAAGAACGCCAUCCUCCGCCUCCCCACGAGCUACAUCGCGCUCUGGCACUACUGGGAAUUCCUGGUCAGCGAGAAGGACAGGGAGCUCGGGGACGCGUUCUGCAUCGUUCAGGGUUACAGGCCUAAGGACGCGGCCAGAGCCAUUCGGGAUUUCCGGUUCCACCUCUCCUACCUCGUCAAGGUGCUCUGUGGCCAGGAGAAUGGGAACUUGAACGUCCUGCUCGACGCCUUCGGCGAGAUGGACCGCGUGGUGUCGGGGGAGGCAGAGCGGACCCUGGUGCUGUGCCUGGUGAUGCUGCUCAACGCCGAGGAGGUCCUACAGCCGUACUGCAAGCCUCUCCUGUGCCGCCACUUCCAGGAGAUCCAGACAAGGCUGCAGCUGAUGAGUAGGGACUGCCCCGACCGGGUGCCCGAGAGGCUCCUGAAAGCGGCGAAGCGGGCGUUGGUGGCGGGCAACGCGAAGUCGGUGGCGGAGGCGCUGCGGGACCUGCUCUUCGAGCGGGACGAAGAGUACCUGAUGGACUGCUGCUGGCGGUGGGACAGCGCGCACGCCAAAGGGCCCGUGGUCCGCGGCCUCUACCACGAGGAGGUGAAACUGAGCCGCCUGCCCAGUGUGGAGCCCGCGGACCACUUUGCUGAACCCGAGUGUGAGAUCGGCCAGGACGGGACGGACGAGCUGGCGCCAGAAGACCGAGACCCCGUCCUCGCUGCCAUUCUUUCCCGGAAGCAGCGGAAGGCCUCCGUCCGGCGCAAGUUGAGGAGGGCGUGCCUGGUCGUGUCCCUGUGCAUCAGCUGGAGGAGAAGGGUGAGCACCCAGGCGGAGUGCUUCCGAGAGGAGACCAGGGAGCCCGGGGCCGGGAACUUUAAGAAGGCCGACAUCGACAGGACCCAGUGUGACCUGUGUGGGGUGAAGUUCAGCCGAGGUCCUGACGGCUAUUUUGGCCCCGGGAAGGCACUUGAAGGAGUGGCUGCGGAGGCCGUGGCCCCUUCCGUGGCCGAGCCGGGAGACGAGGAGGGUCCGGAGAAGAACAGCGAGUCUUACGAGCAGCACAUCCGCCUGGAAAGCCAUCAGAGGCAGCAGGUGGCCUACCAGAGGUACUUCGAAUUUUUCCACGAGAAGGUGGACCCGGCCAUCGAUGAAGGCAAGCUGCUGGUGCAGGACAUUGAGCAGAGCGUGUGGAUCCGCAGUCACCCGGGCUCCAAAGAGCACAGCCACAUGUUGCAGAGGAAGGUCCAGGAGAACAUCAAGAAGGUCUCGGAUACGGCGGAGGACCUCUACAGGCGGAAGGCCUGGGCUGGCGCAGAGGAGGUGAUGGCUCAUUUGGUCAACUUGCUGAUCCCGUCCGUCAGGGAUGCGCGGGCGUGGCUGAUGAAGGCAGAGCUCCUCUUAAAUGAGGAAGGUAUCGUCCAGGAAGAUGAUUACGAAAAUGAAGCCGAGGACUUUGGUGAACUCCGUCCUCGAAGGCGUUCGCGGAAAGGUGGAAAGCCGAGAAAAUACUAA